UUGACACCGCCAUCUUGGAUUAAGCUUCCUGAAAACGUUUUAAGAUUUUCUCGAUAUUUUAAACAGUGUUUUGUAAAAUAAACUAAUAUGGGUGCAUGCUUGGCCCUGGCUUCUCUCGGUAGCUGUGCGUCCUGUCUCUGUGGCUCCGCCUCUUGCCUCCUGUCGUCAUGCUGCCCCUCCACAUACAACUCUACCAUCAGCCGGCUGGCCUUCUCUUUCCUCCUGCUGCUGGGAACACUGGUGUCUAUCAUUAUGAUCCUGCCAGGCAUGGAGGAACAUCUGAAGAAGAUUCCAGGUUUUUGUGUGGGUGGUACCAGCAUACCUGGCAUACAGGGCCAUGUGAACUGUGAUGUCAUCGUGGGCUACAAGUCAGUUUACCGUAUGUGCUUCGCCAUGACCUGCUUUUUCUUCCUCUUCGCCGUCAUCAUGAUUCGAGUGCGCAGCAGCAAAGACCCACGAGCCGCUGUGCAGAACGGAUUCUGGUUCUUCAAGUUUCUGGUUCUGGUUGGUAUAACUGUGGGAGCUUUCUUCAUUCCAGAUGGCACCUUUAACACAGUGUGGUAUUACUUUGGUGUGGUGGGAUCCUUCAUCUUCAUCAUCAUCCAGCUCAUCCUACUUGUGGACUUGGCUCAUUCCUGGAACCAGUCCUGGCUGGAGAAGGCGGAGAAUGGAAACACUAAGGCCUGGUUCGCAGCUCUUCUGUCCUGCACCUUCAUCUUCUAUGCUUUGGCUUUUGCUGCUGUCGUGCUCUUCUAUGUGUUUUACACCAAACCGGAUGACUGCACAGAACACAAAGUCUUCAUCAGCCUCAACUUCAUCUUCUGCAUUGUUGUUUCCAUCGUGUCCAUUCUGCCUAAAGUUCAGGAUGUUCAGCCCACCUCAGGUCUGCUCCAGGCCUCCCUUAUCUCCCUCUACACCAUGUACCUCACCUGGUCAGCCAUGACCAACAACCCAAAACGCCAGUGUAACCCUAGUCUGUUGAGUCUGGUGCAGCCCAGCAGUCCCACUCCACCACCUGGACCCACCCAAGCCCCCAUUAACGUGCAGUGGUGGGAUGCACAGAGCAUCGUUGGACUGCUCAUCUUUCUCUUCUGUACACUUUAUGCCAGUAUCCGCUCCUCCAACAAUACCCAGGUGAACAAGCUGAUGCAGACUGAGGAAGGCCAGGGUCUGACUGCAGAGGAAGCCCCAGUGGGGGAAGAUGGAGUCCGUAGGGCCGUGGACAACGAGGAGGAGGCUGUGACCUACAGCUACUCAUUUUUCCACUUCAGCCUCCUCCUGGCCUCCCUCUACAUCAUGAUGACUCUUACUAACUGGUACAAGCCCGACACAGACUAUGAAUCCAUGCAGACCACCAUGCCAGCUGUCUGGGUGAAGAUCUGCUCCAGCUGGCUUGGUUUGGGCCUCUACCUCUGGACUCUGGUGGCUCCAGUGGUGCUGCCGGAUCGAGACUUCAGCUAAAACUGCAGCAUCUUCAUCUCAAAUCUUUUUAAUAUUCCUUAAACCAAGAAGAGAAUCUCCUCUUUACGCUUAGCUCACCACAAACUGAAUUCUGCAAUGAUUUUAAUGGUUCAUUUUCUAUCUUUAUUUUUAUUCAUAUUCAAGGUUUAAGUCUUCUUACUGAGCACUAUAUGCCUUACAUAACCAAACUCUUAUUCUUCUGAUGAUGUUGAAAUUCAGGGGAUUUUUUUCUGUUUUAGUUUUGAUUUGUACUUGUGCCUUAUUUUAUUUUUGCACAUAUCUAACUUAGGGGGACCAAUACUGUUUUGCAUUUUAAAAUUUUUACCAAAGUUUUUCUUCCUAAAUGUUCACAGUUUAUUACAAUUUCCGAUUGUUUUAAACCAAGUUAAAGACAUCUUUCUGGACUCUAGAUGUUGUUGUUAUCUCCCUUGGAUUUAUAUGGUUAAAGGUUUAAAAUAAAAAUAAAAAAAGUUGCCUUUGUUAGUUGUACUUAUUUCCACACAGUAGUUUGUGUGUUUGCUCCUUAUCCCUUCCGAACCUGCAGCGUCACUGUAUGAAGUCAGUGAGGAUUCUCAGAUGCUUUGCUGCCCUUCUCUCUAUGAUCCCGGCAGCUCAGAUGUGCUUUUGUAUUCCUUAAAUGCAGAAUUUUCUCAUCUAACACACU